ACAGCAGGGGGCUGAGCACGCAGCCUUGAGGUGCUCCCUUGCUGAUUGUUAUCGAGGCUGACACAUUUCCACCAAUACAAACAGACUGUGGUCUGUGGACGAGGAAGUCGAGGAUCCAGUUGCAGAGGGAUGCGCAGAGACCCAGUUCUGCGAGUUUGGUAACCAGUUUGGAGGGGAUGAUUGUGUUAAAUGCCGAGCUGUAAUCAAUGAAUAACAGCCUGACAUAUGAGUUUUUGUUGUCCAAGUGGUCCAGUGUGGAGUGGAGGGCUAGCGAGAUCACAUCCACCGUUGAUCCGUUGUGGCGGUACGCGAACUGCAGUGGGUCCAGGUUUUUGUCGAGGUAGGAGUUGAUUUGCUCCAUGAUCAACCUCUCAAAGCAUUUCAUCACCACCGGCGUUAGUGCCACUGGUCGAUAGCCAUUGAGGCACGUCACCUUACUCUUCUUGGGCACCUGUAUAAUUGAUGCCCUUUUAAAGCAGGUGGGGGCCUCGGACCUCAGAAGUGAGAGGUUGAAAAUGUCCGUAAAAACUCCCGCCAGUUGGUCCGCACAGGUUUUUAGAACACGACCGGGUAUACCAUCAGGAACAGGUGCUUUUCGGGGGUUCACCCCUCUGAAAGAUUUCCUGACAUCGGCCUCUGUGACUGAGACUGAAAUGCCAUCACAGCGAAUGGGGGAUCGGGAAGGCACAUCAGUAUUCUCCCUGUCAAAGCGUGCGUAAUUUUAGAGUUUAGAGAUCCAGUGCAGCAACAAGCCCUUAACCAGCGAACCCCACACAUUAUUACUAUCAUACACACACUCGGGAUAAUUUACAAUUUUACCAAGCCAAACCUGUAUGUCUUUGGAGUGUGGGAGGAAGCCGGAGUUCCAGGGGAAAACUCACGCAGGUCACGGGGAGAACAUACAACCUCUGUACAGGCAAGCACCCAUAGUCAGGAUCGAACCUGGGUCUCUGGCACGGUAAGGCAGUAACUCCACUGCUGCAUCACAGUGCCACCCAAGUUCUUAAGUAUAGGGUAUUACUUUAUGUAUACUUUCUCAACUAUCAAAAACAACGUGAUUUCCUGAGAGAGACAAAAGAAGAAACCAUUAUGACCAUAUGAAGUCUGGAAAGUUCAUGUGUCAUUUCUUUAAAUUAUUGCAAUUGGUCCAAGGAACCAUACUGGCAAAGUUGGAUUUCAGUGCAGCAUGUAAAUGCUUCAGUGUGUGGUUAGUUCAGUGAGAAUCAUUUUGCUUAAUUAGCUUGCUUAAGUAGUUGACUUAAAUAAUUGCAUCCCUACUGUUCCUAGACUGAUUACUUCCUGAUCUCAAAUCUAGAGGUACAGAGGUUGACAAGUUAUAGGCCUGUUUUUUUUUUAUAUAAGGAAAUUCAGGUUUGAAAUAGAUUUAUUUCCAAUUUCGAGAUUUAAUAAUUUUUAAGUUGUGGGACUGAAAUUGUCUAUAUCUUCAGAGAACAUUGGGGUUACCAAUGUUAGCUGCAUAUUUUGUUAUUAAUCAAAUGUGUAUUUGACUUUCCUUUGUGGAAUUUACCAUUGAUGGACACCACAUUCUACAACCUUCUUCUGACCAGCUACAUGAUUCAAAAGUGAAGGGAAUUUAAAAAGUCUCCCAGAACCAAAGCUGACAACUCUUCUAUUUAAGUUCAUCACGGUGAUGAGGAUAUAAUGCAAUUUAACCUUGUCUUCUAUUCUGUGGCCAGUGAACGGAACCAGCACUUAUACCAUCAUGCCAACAGUAUUUGGAAAAAUAUGUGGCUAGCUUUGGUUCUGGGUAACUUUUUAAUUCUCUUCACUUUAGAUUCUUGUUACUUGUCAGAAGGAGAUUUGAGAAGUUGAUGCCAAUCUGGACAGGUCGGCAGUCGGUAUUCGAGUCCCAUAAGAUCAAGAUUGAGACUGCCAAAAAUCAUUCCACUACUGAUGCCUGACAGCAGACAGACAUUGAAGAUCUCUAUUUCUCCUGUCUAAAUCAGGUCACAGAGGUGAAAUGGCAGUGACCUCGGAGAUUUUGCCAGGUUUUUCCUCAAUUGCAUUGCUUUAUUUUUUUUUCAUUUUGCUUUGCUCCACAGGAUGAUGUGUGGUAAAAAUGUGAUCAGGAGUGAAAACGAUGAGGAAUGAAACCCUUAUAAUGACUUCUCAUUGAUUUUCCGUGGCCACCUUUGUGAAAAAAGUUGGAAGCUGAGCUUUUUAUCAAGGUUUUCUUCAGCAAAGAUAACAAGACAAGUAUCACAGGAAACUAUGUGUGGGAUUAAUGAUGAGUGAGAGCAGCAUUAGCAACUUUAAUAUUGGAUAAUAGGAGGCAAUGAAUUAACUCAAAAUUAUAAAUACACUUCUCCAGGAUUUAUUUACUCUGCUGCUUAUGAAACAAACUGGUGAUUAUUCUAAACUGCUCUGGUUUUGUCUAUGCAAAUCUGUCCUUAUUUGUGACUGCAAGGACAAAUGAUGCUAUGGGAACUGAUGAAAAUCAUGUGAAUAACCCACUAUUGUGCUCUCAGCAGCUGAAAUAAUUAUGAAUGUCCUUGACAAAUUUUUUUUUUUUAGGAUAAAUUGUUGGGAGGACAGCUAAGAUGGAAAAGUUUAUUUUUGCUGGAAGACUAUAGAGAGGAAAGAGGUUUUCACACUAUUAAUCAUCUCAGCCUUGCCAACUCUGCUUUGUACUCGAGCUGCCAACUCCUGACACGUUGCUUUCCUGUCCUGAAGGCACCAUACUUUUGAUAGAAUGCAAACAAAAUGCUCAAAUCCCAUUGAGAUAUUUUAAAAUUAAUAUUCAACAGUAAUUAAUAAAAUGACAUGGUUGGGAUUUCAUAUGAGCUCUCAGAAUAAUGCAUCCACAGUAAUCGUGAAAAUAAUGUAUCAUUGCACAAAAAUUUGCAUCUGACUUAAUGAGGUUGUUUGGAGUAAGAUUUUUUUUUUGUGAUGUGAAGAUAAUGCAAUAUUUUGCAGCCUUUGAAUGCCAGAUGGUUGCGAUAUGCAGCUGUCCCCAACAGAUUCAGAGACUUGUACACUCUUCCCUUGAGCUUUACUGAAUGUCAUGACCUUUUCUUGCAGGUUGACUGGAAUGAAUCUACCUUCUCCUGUUAUCAGCAGUAAAAACUGGCUCCGACUUCACUUCACAUCAGACAGCAAUCACAAGCAGAAAGGGUUUAGUGCUCAUUACCAAGUUAAAAAGCUGAUUGAACUGAAAUCUCGAGGUGUUAAAUUACUUCCCAGCAAAGACAAUCAGAAGUCGUCAGUGUUAACUCAAGCAGGCAUGGCGCAAGGAUAUAAUAUGUGCCCUGACCCAGGAAUUCCUGAAUGGGGGAAAAGAAUAGGUCUGGAUUUCAGUCUGGGUUCCAGUGUGCAGUUCUCGUGUGAUGAAGGCUAUGAGUUGCAAGGGUCCAAAAGCAUCACCUGUCUGCGAGUAACUGACAUGUUUGCAGCAUGGAGUGAUCACAGACCAUUCUGCCGAGCUCAAGUCUGUGGUGCCCGUCUGAAUGGACCUGCUGGAGUUAUUACUUCCCCCAAUUUCCCAGUUCAAUACGACAAUGACGCACACUGUGUAUGGGUGAUAUCUGCCCCUGAUCCUGACAAGGUCAUUAGGCUGACUCUCGACGAGUUUGAAUUGGAGAGAGGGUACGACACACUGACAGUCGGCGAUGGAGGGCAGCCUGGAGAACCGAAAACAGUGCUUCACGUAUUGACAGGCACCGAUGUUCCCGACCUCAUUGUGAGUGUGAGCAAUCAGAUGUGGUUGCAGUUCCAGACUGACGAGACCAACAGUAUGCUGGGCUUCAAGGCUAUCUAUGCAGAGAUAGAACAGGGAACCUGCAGUGAUCCUGGAAUUCCAGCCUAUGGAAAGAGAGAGGGCAACAGCUUCCUUCAUGGUGAUGUUUUGAGGUUUGAAUGCUUACCUGCUUUUGAACUAGUCGGCCUAAAGUCCAUUACCUGCCAGAAGAAUAACCAAUGGUCAGCCAAGAAGCCAAGCUGUGUCUUUUCCUGCUUCUUCAAUUUUACAACUCCAUCUGGUGUUCUGCUGUCUCCCAACUACCCUGAUGAUUACAGCAACCACAUGCACUGUGUAUGGCUGAUUAUUGCAAAGCCGGAGAGCAGGAUUCACCUGGCCUUUAAUGACUUCGAUGUCGAGCCGCAGUUUGACUUUGUUUCUGUGAAGGAUGGGUUAAAUCCUGAAUCGCCCGUCUUGGGAACUUUCUCUGGAAACAAAAUCCCUUCUCCUUUGACCAGCAGCGGGCACUUGUCACGUUUAGAAUUCCUGACAGACCACUCUACAGCUGCUCGAGGAUUUAACAUCACCUUUACCACAUUCAGACACAAUGAAUGCCCCGAUCCAGGAGUUCCAGUGAAUGGGAGACGUUUUGGGGAAAGUCUUCAGCUGGGAAGCACUGUAUCCUUUCUCUGUGAGGAAGGAUUUCUCAAGACACAUGGAUCAGAAACUAUCUCCUGUAUCCUGAAAGAUGGAAAUGUGGUCUGGAACAAUGCUGUACCACUAUGUGAAGCGCCGUGUGGAGGUCACCUGACUGCUCCAAGUGGAAUGAUAUUAUCUCCAGGUUGGCCAGGGUUUUACAAGGAUUCUCUGAACUGUGUGUGGGUGAUUGAAGCUGAACCAGGAUACCCUAUCAAAAUAACCUUUGACAGAUUUAAAACCGAAGUCAACUAUGACACCUUGGAGGUCCGAGAUGGAAGAUCAUACUCUUCACCACUCAUUGGACUCUACCAUGGUACACAAGUACCUCAGUUUCUGAUCAGCACCAGCAACUAUCUUUACCUCUUGUUCUCUACUGACAAGAGCCACUCAGAUGUAGGGUUCCAAAUUCGGUUUGAAAGUGUUAAAUUACAAUCUGAUUCUUGUUUGGAUCCUGGAAUUCCUGUAAAUGGCCUGAGACAUGGAAAUCUCUUCUAUAUUGGAUCUUCUGUGACCUUUGGUUGUGACUCGGGAUACACCCUCAGUGAUGAUGAAGUGCUUGUUUGUGAACCCAAUUACCAAUGGAGUCGUGCUUUGCCCAGCUGUGAAGCUUUGUGUGGAGGCUAUAUCCGUGGAACAAGUGGAACGAUCCUGUCUCCUGGCUUUCCUGACUUUUAUAGGAAUUCCCUGAAUUGCACUUGGACCGUGGAGACAUCCCAUGGCAAAGGAAUCCAGUUCACGUUCCACACCUUUCACUUGGAGAGUGCACAUGAUUAUCUGCUGAUCACUGAGAAUGGAAGCUUUGCCCAACCUUUGAAGAGACUCUCAGGAUCUAACCUACCAGGACCGAUCAGUGCCGGACUCUUCGGGAACUAUACAGCACAGAUCCGAUUUAUUUCGGACUUCUCCAUGUCCUACGAAGGGUUCAACAUCACCUUUGCAGAACAUGAUUUGGAGCCGUGCGAUGAUCCUGGUAUCCCACCAUUCAGCAGCAGAAGUGGCAUUCGAUUUGGUGUCGGAGAUACUCUUACCUUCUCAUGUUUCCCGGGAUAUAGAUUGGAAGGCGUAUUCCGGAUUACCUGCCUUGGAGGUAGACGGCGUGUGUGGAGUUCGCCUCUUCCAAGGUGUGUUGCUGAAUGUGGAGCCAGUGUGACUGGAAAUGAAGGCAUUCUCCUUUCACCCAAUUACCCAGCUAAUUACAGCAACACCCACGAAUGCAUCUAUUCUAUUCAAACACAACCAGGUAAAGGAAUCCGAUUGAAAUCCCGGACAUUCAAGCUCCAGCAAGGAGAUAUUCUAAAAAUUUUUGAUGGGAAGGAUAGCACCUCCCGUGUACUUGGCACUUUCACUGGAUUGGAGAUGCUAGGCGUCAUUCUGAAUAGCACAUCAAGCAACCUGUGGCUGGAGUUUGUCACAAAUGCAGAAAACACAAGCAAAGGAUUUGAACUCCUUUUUUCAAGUUUUGAACUGGUCAAGUGUGAAGACCCAGGUACUCUACAGUUUGGCUAUAAGAGUCAGGAUGAGGGACAUUUUGCAGGAACAACUGUUGUCUUCCGUUGCAUGCCAGGAUACACAUUGCAGGGAAUGUCAGUGCUCACCUGCUUAACUGGAGACCGUCGAGCUUGGAACAAUCCACUGCCUUCCUGCGUAGCUGAAUGUGGAGGUCAUAUCGUUGGACAGACAUCGGGUAGAAUCUUAUCACCUGGUUACCCAGUGCCAUAUGAUCACAAUCUCCACUGUACCUGGUUUGCUGAAGCGGAUCCUGGCAGCAUGAUCAGCAUCCACUUCCUAGUUUUCCACACAGAAGCUAUUCAUGACGUUCUGAAGGUUUGGGAUGGACCACUGGAGAGCGGCAUCCUCCUGCGGGAGAUCAGUGGCUCUAUGCUGCCCCCCGAUAUCCAGAGCACGUUCAAUUCCAUUACGCUGCAGUUUGACACGGAUUUCUUCACCAGCAAGCAGGGCUUCGCCAUUCAGUUUCAAGUUUCCACAGCUACAUCAUGUAAUGAUCCUGGAUUUCCUCAAAAUGGGAGUCGAAGUGGAGACAGCAGGGAGCCCGAAGAUUCCAUUGUAUUUCAGUGUGAUCCUGGCUAUGCCUUGCAAGGGGAGUCAACAAUCACGUGCGUGCAGAUUGACAAUAGGUUCUUCUGGCAGCCUGACCCUCCAGCAUGUAUAGCUCCUUGUGGAGGGAAUCUGACUUGGCCCACGGGAAUCAUCUUAUCUCCCGCUUAUCCAGAAGAUUAUCCUCACGGCAAGGAGUGUGAUUGGAGAGUGACGGUUUCACCUGAUUAUGUUAUUGCCCUGACAUUUCAAAGCUUCAAUGUGGAACCGGGCUAUGAUUUCCUUCAUAUCUAUGAUGGAUCAGACUCUCUCAGUCCUCUGAUUGGGAGCUUCCAAGGCAUGCAGCUGCCUGACAGAAUAGAGAGCAGCACCAACAACCUCUUCCUGGCCUUUCGGAGCGAUGCCUCAGUCAGCAUGACGGGAUUUGUCCUCGAAUAUAUGGAGAACCCCAGAGAAUCUUGCUUUGAUCCCGGAAUGAUCAAGAAUGGCACAAGGGUUGGAACAGACCUCAAGCUUGGAUCUACAGUGACCUUUUACUGUGACAGUGGCUAUGAGGCAGUUGGUUAUUCAACCCUGACCUGCAUCAUGGGAGAAGAUGGGAAGCCUUCCUGGAAUAAGCCAGUACCAUCUUGUUCAGCACCCUGUGGAGGCCAAUACAUUGGAUCAGAGGGUGUAAUUUUGUCUCCAAACUACCCAAAGAACUACACUGGUGGACAGACUUGUUUAUACUCCAUUAUUGUGUCUAAAGACUAUGUUGUCUUUGGCCAGUUUACAUUUUUUCAAACUGCACUGAAUGACGUGGUGGAAGUACAUGAUGGCCCGACACAACAUUCAAGGCUUCUCAGCUCACUCUCUGGCUCACACACAGGGGAAUCUUUGCCCUUGGCUACCUCCAAUCAAGUGCUGAUGAAGUUCAGUGCCAAGAGUCAUGCAACAGCUCGAGGAUUUCACUUUGUUUAUCAAGCUGUGCCUCGCACAAGUGCCACACAAUGCAGCUCCGUACCUGAACCAAGGUAUGGCAGAAGAAUUGGAAAUGACUUUGCUGUUGGGGCCAUUAUCCACUUUGAAUGCAACCCAGGCUACGCCCUUCAGGGUUCCCAGAACAUCAAAUGCCUGGCUGUGCCUGAUGCCUUGGCACAGUGGAAUGACUCUUCUCCAAGCUGUUCAGUUCCUUGUGGAGGAAAUCUCACUGAGCGAAAGGGCACAAUUCUAUCACCGGGUUUUCCUGAUCCUUAUCAGAACAGCCUGAACUGUUUGUGGAAAAUCACAGUCCCGGAAGGAGCUGGCAUUCAGAUUCAAGUUAUCAGCUUUGCCACAGAACAUAACUGGGACUCAUUGGAGGUCUUUGACGGUGGGGAUAUUACAGCAACGAUGCUUGGCAGCUUUUCAGGCACCACAGUCCCAAAUUUGUUGAACAGCAGCUCCAAUCAACUUUAUUUGCAUUUUUAUUCUGACAUCAGCGUUUCUGCAGCUGGAUUUCAUCUGGAAUAUAAAACUGUGGGGUUGACAAGCUGUCCAGAACCAUUGGUCCCUGCCAACAGUGUAAAGAUUGGCGAGAGAUACUUAGUCAAUGAUGUUGUGUCUUUUCGCUGCGAGCCAGGUUACCAGCUCCAGGGACACUCCCAUAUAUCUUGUAUGCCUGGAACAGUUCGCCGGUGGAACUACCCUCCGCCUCUCUGUGUGGCACAAUGUGGAGGGAUUUCCAUGGAUGUCAAUGAUGUAAUCCUGAGUCCAGGUUUCCCAGGAAACUAUCCCAGUAGCAUGGAUUGUGUUUGGAAGAUUUCACUUGAAGUUGGAUAUGGCACCUAUAUUGAAUUUCUGAACUUCUCCACUGAACCUAACCACGAUUUCAUUGAAAUUCGCAAUGGGCCACAUGACACGAGUUCUGUAAUCGGCAGGUUCAGUGGAGCUGAACUUCCACCUCCUCUGAUGUCGACGUCUCAUGGGACAACCAUAUAUUUCCACAGUGAUCAUUCCGAAAACAAACCAGGCUUCAAACUCAUGUACCAAGCUUACGAGUUACAUGAAUGCCCUGACCCACAGCCAUUUGCAAAUGGCAUUGUCAUGGAAUCUGGUUACAAUGUUGGACAAUCAAUUUCAUUUGAGUGUUUCCCAGGGUAUCAUCUUGUUGGCCAUUUUGUUUUAAACUGUCGGCAUGGAGUUGACAGAAAUUGGGAUUACCCUAUACCGAGAUGUGAAGUUCCCUGUGGAGGAAACAUUACAACUCUCAAUGGCACAAUCUACUCUCCUGGCUAUCCAAAUGAAUAUCCAAACUCGCAGGACUGUACUUGGCUGGUGGUAGUGCCCGUAGGCUAUGGGAUUUAUGUCAACUUAACUCUGCUGCAAAUAGAACCUGGCAAUGACUUCAUUACUAUAUGGGAUGGAACCCAGCAAAGUGCACCACAGCUAGGAGUGUUUAGUGGAAGUUCAGUAAAAGAAUCAACAUACAGCACUUCAAAUCAAGUUAUUUUCAAGUUCCACAGCGACCUGGCAAAUGGAGGCCGAUUUAUUAUCUAUUUUUAUGCCUAUCAGCUGAGGAAAUGCCGUCCUCCUGUCUCUGUGCCAAAUGCAGAGAUUUUCUCUGAAGAUGAAGAGUUUGUGAUAGGUGACAUUAUUAAGUACCAGUGCCUGCCUGGGUUUACACUGCUUGGAAAUGAAAUAUUAACUUGUCGUCUGGGAACACACCUCCAGUUUGAAGGACCACUUCCAUCCUGUGAAGCACAUUGCCCAAUGAACGAGAUCCUCAUGGAUUCCUCAGGAGUCAUCGUAAGUCGAGGUUUCCCAGGAAAUUAUCGACAUUUCCAGGCCUGCUCAUGGAUUAUUAAAGUGGAUCCAGGCUACAACGUUACUCUUCAGAUUGAAUACUUUCAGAGUGAACGACAGUUUGACGAACUGGAAAUAUAUGACGGUCCCUCGAGUCAAAACCCACUGCUCAUCUCCCUCAGUGGCAACUACACAUCUCCAAUAACGGUAGUCAGCUCGGGCAACAAGGUUUACCUCCGCUGGUCAUCUGACCAUGCCACCAACCGGAAAGGAUUCAAGAUAAAUUAUUCAGCUCCUUACUGUAGCCCACCAAGCCCCCCAAGGCAUGGUACUGUUCACACGCAAACGGCAGGAUUCCCUGGCAGCACAGUGCGAUUCAACUGUGACCCUGGCUAUCGAUUGAUCGGUCAAGUUAUUGCAACGUGCACCAGGUUCCCCCAAGGUUUUUACAACUGGAAUACCAUUCCUCCUCUUUGUCAAGCCAUUUCUUGUGGCGUCCCAAAAGCUCCAAGAAAUGGAACGGUCUUCGGGAGAGAGUACACUCUCGGAACGAGAGCCAUCUAUCAGUGUAAUGAAGGCUACAGAUUGCAGUCUGGUGAACUGUCAACAGCUGUCUGCCAGGAAGAUGGGAAAUGGAGCAACAGUGACAGGCCUCCACUCUGUGUGGCUGUGUCGUGCCCUGAAGUUAAUACUGUCCACGUGGAGCACGGGAACUGGAAGCUGUUAAAUGGAAAUCCAAGUCAAUAUGGAGCUCAAGUGAUUAUCACUUGUGACCCUGGAUAUUAUCUGCAAGGACUCAGGGUUAUCAACUGCCAGGCUAAUGGGACUUGGAGUGUUGGACGCCAGAAGCCCAGCUGUAAAAUAAUUUCAUGCGGAGAACAGGGAUUUCCAGCACACGGUAAUAAGAUUGGAACAUUAACAACAUAUGGGGCAACUGCUAUCUUUUCCUGUAACACUGGAUACACAAUGGUAGGAUCUCGGGUGCGGGAAUGUCAGGCCAACGGGCUGUGGAGUGGAAUGCAAGUGAAUUGCCUUGCUGGUCACUGCGGGAUGCCUAAGUCCAUUGUCAAUGGGCAGAUAAUUGGGGAAAAUUUCAGCUAUCGUGGGACAGUGGUGUACCAGUGUAACCCAGGCUUUCGCUUGAUUGGAACUUCGGUUCGAAUUUGUCAGCAGGAUCACAAGUGGUCAGGCAGAUCACCUGUAUGCGUGCCUAUAACAUGUGGUCACCCUGGCAAUCCUGCAAAUGGAGUAACUCACGGAACUCAAUUUAACCUGAACGACAUGGUUAGGUUCACCUGUAACACAGGUUACUUAUUGCAAGGAUCCAUUAACUCUCGGUGCCAAUCGAACGGGCAGUGGAGCAACUCGCUUCCUACAUGUAAAGUUGUUAAUUGUUCAGAUCCUGCACAUGUAGAAAACAGUAUUCGUCGAGUGCAAUUAAACAUCACCCAGCGAUUCAGUUACGGCAGUAGUGUUUCGUAUGAGUGCAAUGCUGGCUACUACCUAUUGGGAUCGGAUGUGCUGACCUGUCAAGGCGAUGGUUCCUGGGACAAAUCACUCCCCAAGUGCCUAUUGGUGCUCUGUGGUCAUCCUGGCUUUCCCCCUGGUGCAGAACUGUACGGUGACCAACUUACAGUGGGCUCCACGGUACGAUAUCACUGCAGCCGAAGAAGGCAUCUAAUUGGAAAUAGCACUCGUGUUUGUCAGCUGGAUGGGCGUUGGAGUGGAUCAUUACCGCACUGCUCAGGGGACAGCCUAGGAUAUUGUGGUGAUCCAGGGAUCCCAGCACAUGGCAUUCGGCUUGGCAAAGACUUUCAAGUGAAGAACAUGGUCCGAUUCACCUGUGAAGCUGGCUAUGCACUAAGGGGAUCUUCAGAUCGUAUUUGUCAGCCCGAUGGCACCUGGAGUGGUAGCCAACCUGAGUGUCAAGCUGUCUCCUGUGGAAACCCUGGAACCCCAAGCAAUGCCGGGAUAGUGUACAGCAACAGAUUGGACUUCUCGAGCUCUAUUAGCUACGCUUGUCGGGAAGGCUACUAUUCAACUGGUUUGCUGACCAGACACUGUACUGUCAAUGGGACCUGGACCAAUGUUCCACCACAAUGCAUAGUGAUUAAUUGUGGUGAUCCUGGAUUGCCGGCUAAUGGGAUCAGACUGGGCAAUGACUUCACCUACAAUAGAACAGUCGUAUUCCAGUGUAUACCAGGUUACACUAUGGAUUCCUUGAGAUAUUCUACUCUCAUAUGCACCAAAGACAGAACCUGGAAUGGAAGUAGGCCAGUCUGUAAACCUAUCAAAUGCCAAACUCCCCCGAGAAUCCUCAACGGAAUUGUUAUGGGAACAGACUUCAGCUGGGGAGCUAGCAUCAGCUACACCUGCUCUGAAGGAUACCAGCUUUCUCUACCUGCAGUGCUCACCUGUGAUGGAAACGGGACAUGGAGUGGGGAAGUUCCACAGUGCUUUCCUGUGUUUUGUGGGGAUCCAGGAACACCAGCUCAAGGAAGGCGAGAAGACCAAGGAUUUACAUAUAAAUCUGCUGUUUUCUUCAUCUGUAAUCCACCACUGGUAUUGGUAGGAUCAUCCCGAAGGCUUUGCCAGUCUGGUGGCAUGUGGAGUGGAAUCCAACCAACCUGUAUAGAUUCAACACACACCACCUGUGUUGAUCCAGGUGUUCCCUUUUUUGGAAUACAGAACAAUUCCCAAGGUUACCAGGUUGGAAGUACAGUGGGCUUCAAGUGCCAGAAAGGCUAUCUUCUCCUUGGAUCAAGUACACGCUCUUGUCUUGCCAAUCUCACCUGGAGCGGUACUCAGCCUGAAUGUAUCUCGCACCAUUGCAGACAACCAGAGACUCCUCCCCAUGUGAAUGUGGGAUCCAUUGAUCUGCCUUCACUUGGAUACACUCUAAUAUACACGUGCCAGUCUGGUUUCUACCUUGCUGGAGGAUCAGAGCAUCGGACAUGCAGGCCUGAUGGAAACUGGUCGGGAAAGCAGCCUCUUUGUUAUGCAGACACAAGACCCAGUGGAAGACCAAUAGGAACAGUGAAGGAAAUAACAAGUAGCAAACUCUCAGUUCCACCCAAUGUCUUUGCUCAGAAUUCUCUCUGGAAAGGGUCAUACGAAUAUCUCGGCAAGAGACAGCCAGUCAUGUUAACAAUUAACAGCUUUAAUCUGUCCACAAGUCAAGUCAAGGCAACACUUUUAGAUCAGAGUGGAGUCGAGCUCAGAAUGACUGGUUUCUAUCAAAAGGUGGAGCACCAUCUUCUUCUUGAACUUUAUAAAGUCCGAGGUCCUGCUGAAAUAUUCGUACAGAAAUUUAAGAGUGACAACCUGGCAUUGGACGGAUACGUUUCUGCAGAGGCUUCAGGCAACACGUUCGUGUACCAGGGAUUUGUUCAAGGCAAAGACUUUGGACAGUUUGGUCUCCAAAGAAUAGAUCUACACAUGCUGGAAGCUGGCACCGACUCAAUUGGGCACCAUCUGAGCACCAGCAGUAGCUCAGUAGCAGUUGCCAUCCUUGUGCCUUUCUUUGCCUUGAUAACAGCAGGAUUUAUAUUGUAUCUUUACAAACACAGGAAAAGGCCAAAAGUACCAUUCAACGGAUUUACAGGCCAUGAAAAUACAAAUGGUCGAGCGACUUUUGAAAACCCAAUGUAUGAUCGUAAUGUCCAGCCCUCCGACAUUGUGACCAGUGAGAUUGAGGUGACAGUGAGCACUGUUUGCACGGCAGUAUAGCACCUACUCUUGAUAAAUAUAUCGAAUGCUGAAGUUCAGAAUCGCCUCAUCAGAUUCGACUUGGCUGCUUUUCUUCAAAGACGUACUAACUAUGGAGAAGCUACUAUGGUGUUGCCCUACUUACUUCUUUUAUGAAGAGCCAGGGGUGAGGGGAAGCCAAGGAUUAAGCUUGCCCUGAAAUCACUGCAGUUAAAAACAAACAUUUUCUCAUGGUGGUAACCAAGAGGAUAUACAUGAUGAUGAACUGAACACUUCAUUGAGCUCAAACCAUCAAAAUGUACUGACCACUAACAGCAUCUCCAAGCUGGAUGACAUUUUGGCAGAGAAACUGAGAAACAAUGGUGUCUCUCCUCUCCUCCAGCAAGAAGCCAGUUCACACAAGGAAACAUUUAAACUACAGAGUAUUAUUAUUCAACAACACCCAACAGGUGAAAAAAAAAGUGUGUAAAAUGCCUUUCGAUUGUCAACUGGGGACGGAUCGUACUUAGUUCAUCCCAUGGUUCUCUUCGUUAUGCUUAUCAGAACGUGAGAGCUGUUUGCUUAAACCCUCUACUGCAUUCUAUAAUUUCAUAUUGUGGAUUAUUCCUUUGUGCUACACAUUAUUCCUAUCACAUGACUGUUAAUUCAAGUGCUGAAGGGAAGCAUCAGUGUACAUCUAAAUUAGAUAUUCUUGUAAUAUCAGCUGCAACAUUUGAAAUUCUUUAUAACAAUUUAUAACAAUUUCCUAAUGACUCCAGUGUCAUUCAUUUUUAACAAAGGCAAGAUCACUAACAAUUUCCUUGAACAUUUUGACAAACAUCCCAUACAUUUUGAAUUAAUAUAUAUAUAUGACAUAUAUUAGUUAUGUAAAAUAUAUUACAGUUAUAUUUCAAUAUGAGAGGUAGAAGAUUUUAUUUUGACCCCACAUUCCAGCUUAUUUUUCCUCAGCCUUGGUUUCAAGCCUAGUUCUAUUGAUCAAGCCUCAGAAAAUUAGCCUUAAUAUUCCUUUGCUUUCCACCACUAUUAGUUAUCCAGAAUCCACUCAAGGUGGAUACUGAAGGCACUCAGAAAGCAGAAUAUGAGAGAGAAUAUGUUACAAGUUAAUAACUGCAGGAGUAGGGUUGAUGGGAAUGCUAUGAGUUUGCAAUAGACUCAAUGGGCUGAAUGGCCUCCUAAUUUUAAUUAGAAAAUAUGGCAACACUGUAGCUUAAGUGCGAUAUAUCUGCCAUGGAAUGGUAUGAGGGAUCUCAUUACAGAGGGAAUGUGGCAUAUUGAGGGCCACUUGAGUGGGAAUAUAUUGGAGGUUCUGUCGCUGUAAGAAUCAAUUAAAGGUCAUGUUCAAACAGAAGGACACAAACAAUAGUGAUAGAAGCAACUUGAAUUAGCAUACCUGCUUUAUUAUCAUAACUGUGUCAAAGUUCUAUAAGGAGCUUUCAAGUAAAAUGUAACUAUAAGACAUUAUGAAGAAUGAAGAAAGAUGUUUCCACUAGUGGGAGAGUCGAGGAUUAGAGCUCAUAGCCUCAGAAUUAAAGAACGUCUUUUAGGAUAGAGGUGAGGAGAAAUUUAUUUUGUCAGAUGGUGGCGAAUCUGUGGAAUUCUUUGCCACAGCAGCUGUGGAGGCCAAGUUAGUGGAUAUUUUUAAGGCAGAGAUAGAUAGAUUUUUGAUUAGUACAGGUGUCGGAAGUUAUGGGGAGAAGGUAGGAGAAUGGGGUUAGGAGGGAGAGACCGACGAGCCAUGAUUGAAUGGCAGAGUAGACUUGAUGGGCCGAAUGGCCUAAUUCUACUCCUAUCACUUAUGACCUUAUGCAGCUUUUCAAAGUGGUAAUUGGUUUUGGAUGUAGUUCCAUAGUUUAGGGCCCUUGUCGCUGAGACCAUGUUGACCAAUGAUUCAAAAGAUUUUUUUUAAAGUGUUAUCUUUCUGUAUUACUCAGAAAGGUGAAUCAUUUAAAAUGGAUUUAAAAUGCACAAUGCCUGAAGUUGCAUUGAGUGAACAAGAGAAAGGUUGUACACACCUUGGACCAGAUCACAAUGAUGCAUAGAGGCAAUUCUCCAGAAAGCUGCCUACUAGCUGUUGUGUGCACAUCAAUGUGCUCUCAGUUUACAUGCUUGUGUAAUACCAAACUAUAAUGCAGAAUAUGUGGCGUAGUUAUUUGAUCUUUGGUAUCAAUUUGGCCAAUUCUGAAUUGUGCAUUGAAAAAUUUAGUGCAAUCUCAUGGAUGUUUUACUGUCGAAACAGUAGUAUAAGUGAAAAACAUAACUUGCCUUUCCUGCAUUCAUGUAGCUGAGAGCAUACCAUUCUACAAAUUAUACCAGAAUACUGUUUUAUCUCUCAAAUUAAGGGCAUGUAAUCUCUUACAUACACCAAUUUUGCCUUUGUCUGGGAACUUGUCUGAAAGAUAUCACCCCAAUGUUUCACUGAAGUGAUAUAGAUUGUGUAGCUAUGCCCACAUCUCAGUACUGGGGCUUGACCUCAUAAGCUCUUGAGCCAGAGGAGAGAGCAUCAUCACUCAGCCAAGGCUAAAACCACAGAUAGGGGCUUUCUAGGAAUGUUUAGUGCUGCAAAGGGGAGCCUAAGUACUAACUAUGACUGACUGUAAAUUAUGAGAAAAGGAUAUCUUUAAAUUUAGCAAUAUCUGGAGGAAAAAAAUGGAAAAUUGAGUUCUGCUGGGAAAACCAAGAAAAGGUCAUUGUUAAUCUGAAAUUAAAACAGAAAAUGGAAGAAAAACAUAACAGGUCAGGCAUCCUCUGUGGAAGGAGAGACAGUUAGCAUUUCAGUUUUAAGUCUUUUCAUGAAAUCUGUUUUUAAUUAAAAGUUAGGAGUGUUGUAGCAGUUGCACGGCCAUGACUUUAAGCAACACAUGAAACAAUUUCUGUCGUUAAUAUGCCUGGUAAUUCAGUUAGUAGCAGGAAUUGCUGUAGAUGAUAGAAUAGAAAUAUAUUCAGCAGACUUUGCCCUAAUUUUCCAGCGCACUCAUUUGGGCAUGGUAGAAUGCUGCAAUUGUGGUGUACGAGUGGGCGGCAUGGUGUGGAGAAAAGCAGCUGUUUUGAUUAUUAGAUCUAUUCAGCAAAUCUCAGUUGUGCUUGAACCUUGGAAACAUUGGUUCAACAGACCAGGUCCUGAACAUUUAGAGUCAGAAGCAUGCUGCUUGCCUACCCUUCCCGAAACUGUGCCCCAGAGCUCUAGAACUUGAGGUCUGAUGAAGGGAGAGGUUUGAACGGAGUGGAGUAUCAAGGCCUCACAUCUAUUGGAGGGGAAAAGUUUGGGAUCAUGGAUGAGCUAUAACCAGAUUACACCUGGUGGGGUAUCACAAACAUUAGACUAGCAGUGUCUCAGUUGAAUGGGGAGAGGAAUGGGGAUUGGGAAUGGUGAAUGAUUGGAAGUGGUGGGAUGACGCUUGGUGGAGGGCGGUAGAUAGUCUUGAAGCAGGCACUUAGUCCAGCAGUGUGACGGAGAGCUAAAAUUGCCGAGGUGUUUGAUUAAACGUGAACAGGUGUAGUUUGGGUAAAUCCAAUUUUCAUUCACAUGGAUGUUUCAAAAAAAGAAAAAGCUCUGCCAUCUAAUUUCGAGACAGCCAUUUUUAUUUUUAUCAAACCUGAUUUAUGGGGUUUGAUACAAUCAGCAAACCCAUAUAAAGAGAGUUCCAUAAGAAUUGAAUAGAUCUGGUCUACAAACAUUCUGUCCUUCCUCAACGACAUCAAAGUUGGACCUUUGUCAGGAUCAUGUCAUCUUUUAUCUAUCUAGAAGUCAAGAGGUUAGAAAGUGAAGUGGUCAAAGAAGACAGGAACUAGACCAGUCUGUGAAAGAAUUAGCAGUAAUGACACCUACUAACUGCUUAGUUUUGGCAGCCUAAAUCUGUACAGAGUUAGCUAAAAGGUUGAACGAGUUAUUGAGGAGUUAAUUAUUCAAUGCAUUGGGCAGAAAUGUGACCACUUCCAUUAAAUACACAAUAAAUUGGCAUGUGCAGGUUGACCUCUUUUAACAUUGAUUUUUAAAAGCAGUACAACACACAUUCCCUAUGACAUUGUGCAUUUAACACUUGCAACCAAAGGCAAAUUUCUACCUUAUGAUUUUUUGCUUAUUACACAUAUGCCAUGCGAAAGUGCAGUACAUUGUCCCAAUCCUUGUCUUAAAUUAUGUAAAAAGGAAUGGCGGUAUUGGUUUUAUAAGAGUAGAAAUCGCACCGUGAACCUUACAUCCUGACUGAUGUGCACAGUGACAUGUGUUGAUUGCAGAUCUUUUUAUUUGAUCUGAUGCUGAGAUUCAAUUUCACUGAAUAACAGAUAACAUGAUUUAUCAAAUGCGUCUGCAUCAAAGUUUGUAUCACGGGAUAAUGUCAUUUGGGGAAUGGCCCUCAGCCUAUAAAUGUCCCAAGUGCUUGUGGGCGACAGGCGGAUAAAUGAAGAUUCUCAGAAUUCUGUAAGCAAGGGAAUCUGUGAGGGGGAAAACACAACGCUGAUAUACUCGUCCAAAAAAAAUUACUUUCAUAAAGUUUCUAUCAGUUAAAAGCAUACACUGAUGGAAUGUGGCUUGGGACAAAUUUUGAAGGUGUGUUAGAAUAAUGUUCUUCUGUUUCUUUUGUAUCGUUAAAUAUUCCCUAGGCACAAUUCCCUGUAUUUUCUAUCUCCACCCUUGCCUGUCAGUUUAAUGGAUUAAAAAAAAAUCAAGAACCCUUGGUCAACUUAUUCGACAGAGAGGAUGUUGUAACAAACAAUAUAAAUCCGUCCUACAGAUGAAUUGUGGUGUCCUAGAAUUUCAUCCUACAGAUGAAAAGGUUGUAGUGAAAAAUACCUAUACACAUGUUUAACUCUGCCAACAUAUUGUUGCAAUUCUAUCUCUCUCCUCUUGUUUCUGUUUCACAGUUCUUUCAAUUCUUUCACCAACUCAAUUUUGUAUCUGAAAUGGCCUUGUGUACAGAUGAAUCAUUAAGACAUAGCAUAUUGUACAAGGUGUAAUGUCUCUAAGCAAGAGAACAAAUGGAUUCUUUAAGAAGAAUUAAUGCCUCAAAUUACAAAUCAAUUUGCAAGGGAGAAAUAACGCUUUCUUCGUAAACCCUUAUUGAAGUUCCAAUAAUUUAGCUUUUACAAUUACAAGUUCACGACAGCAUAUUUCACAACUUCUGGGGAAAAUGGUCAUACAUAGUGGUGUCUGAGUUACGUGAUCAACAAGAAAAUUGUAAUGCGUUAGGGUGGCCAUGAAAUCGAAAAAUUCAAUUCAGAAAGGAAUAAAAUAAAUGGUGAUGAAGUUUCACAACUUUCCAUCGCAGAUGUACAGGUUAAGUUAUCCACAUUUUUUGAGAUUGAUGUUUUGACCAGAGGCUACGUGCUUACUCUGAGUGAGAGAGAAUGAAAAGAAUCAGUGACAAAAGUGAUUUACAACCUCUGGCAGCCCUUUCAGCGGAAUGACGGCUGAACGUAGGGGAAUUGCCUUCUGAGCCUCCCAGUCCACCACAAAAGGAAAAAAAGGUGAAUUGUGUUUACCAACACUAAUUGUGAUUGCAAAUUUUCAGUGAAGGGUGAAUUUGCAAUCAAUUUUUAUUGAGCAGAAUUUCAAAUGAUCUAAGCUUGAUAUAGAACAUUGUUUCUUAUGUAUAAAAACAAGAUAGAGUUGGAGAUCAUUGCUACCACAACAGCCCUUUUUUCUUCAUUAAUUUAUCCUAAAAGGCUUAGUUUCAGAAUCCUGGAUGAAUAAUUGCCCUUGAUCUCUGUUGCAGUGACAUGAACAUUUAAAAAAAUAUAUAUGUACUUCUGAAAUAUAGCAGACACACGUGCGUUUAACUUCAGAGUGGUCAUUUGUUUUGCAAUUAAUUAUGCAAUAUUUUUAUUGAAUCUUAAUAUAUAUGCUGUCAGUGGUAAUGGUGGUGAAUCUGGUUUCAGAUUUUUCUUUUGGUUUCAGUUUAUCCAGAAAUGGCACUCCGAUUUAAGUCGCAUAAUGGUCAGAUUAACUUUAUCCCUAUUCAUUAUUAACCUGAGAAACUAAACCAUUCUGUACACAUUGCAUUUACUAAUUCCUCCACAAUGUUUAAGCUUUGUCACACUGACUCCUCGGGCAGCACGCCAAAUGAAAGAAGAUGAUGCCUUCACCUAAUAUUGUGCCAGGUAAAGAGAAAAGUAUCAAAUAUAAUUGGACUUUUAAUUUAAAUUGCAGAUUUAUUACGAGCAAUAGAUGCACCGUUCCACCUUUUGCAAUAGGGUAUCUAAGAGGAUGCAUACCAGAGUGUUUUCUGAAUUAAUCAGAGCAAAUACAUAUACUAAGACUAAAACAUAAGUGUGGCUUUCUAUUGUACUCUUUAAAAAAAAGAGCACCCUUCAGUUCUCAGUUGAUUUGAUACAACAAAAUAUGACUAGGUAGGCUACCGGACUUAUAAUUAUCAAGCCCACAACCUUCCAGGAAUUUUUAAAAAUGAACAUGAUGGUAGUUUUAAGAUAAGUUACUUUAAUUUUGGGUUUGACUUCCGUCUUUGACUUCAAACUCUUUUUUCUCCUCUUGAGUGUACGGUGGUGUGGAAGGAUGCAUCCAUCUUCACUACGAGAUUCCCAAUGUUUAUCCCAUCACAACAGUGAGGCCAAAUGGAUCAGAGAACUAUUUCGGACUUGCCUCAAUUUUCUAUUUUGUUAGUUGAAGACAUUUUAGCUUUGUGUGGAGUGUUUGAUAGAAAUGAAUCAAUCUUUAAGUUUGUGCAGCCCCAAGCUGAUAGAGUAAACCUAAUUUAAAAUUAUUAAGAUAAUUGACCACUAUAGGAAAAUGUACGUGUCUGAUUUCAGCACCAUCGGUACAUCCAGUAUAGCCAGAUUGCAUGCUCGAAAGCCACGUAGAGAAACGCUGGUAACUGUGAAGAACCAAGAAUGGGUGCUACUGUAAUUUUGACACCAACAGAAAAUAAACUUUUUUUUUUUAAUUCAUGAUUAUCAUUUAGCUUUGCAGAGAUGGUAAAACUAUUCAAACAUUACAUUUCUUGUAAAAAUAACAUUAUUGUGUAAAAUGUCCUCUGAUGCUCCAGACAUGCAGGUAACCUGAUCCAGCAGUGACAAUGGCCCCUUUUUUCUGCAGCCAAAGUAGCUUCUCCUUAAAAUACACAUAGGUAUACCUUGACUUGCUUCAACACAAGCUAUUUAUUUAUAUCAGAUUUAUUCUGCAAGAGACCUUUUCUUCCACUGAAUCACGUGCGUCAAAUUUGCAUCAUGUGGAAAGAGCCCUUUUUUUUGUACAGAGAUAUAUUUUUAUGCAAAAAGAAGUAACAAAUUUGUACAGCAAAUCAAGGACAAGUUCUAAAUGUUUUUCAUUAUUGUAGUGAAUGAGUGAUGAAAUUGGCUUUUUUUUAAAAAAUCAAUAAGUAGUAAACAAAUUGUAAAAUACACAGUUUAUGUAGGGAUGUGUAAAUAUGUAUUAUAUUAUCGAUGUGUCAACUUGUCUUUAUGACCACUCUGCUAUAUAAAUAUAUAUAUAUGUACUUUAUCUGUCUGUAUAUGAUGCUUUGCAUUGUGUUUCAUCUUAGUAUACUUUACUGAAUUUGAAAACAAUUUUAACUUUUUAAAUAAAAGUUUUGACAAUGAGCCCCGGAACGUUUCAUGCAAAGACUGAUUUGAAUUUGAUAUGAUCGUCUGUAAAAAUGUGAGUUCCAAAUGACUAAAAUAAUUUUUUUUUGCUUAGGAAUGAGUGAGUUAGACCCGGUGUGGGUUAGACCCGGUGUGUUCGCAGAUCAUGAAGAGCGUUGCUGACAUUUUUUGUGUGACAUUUAUGGUGAUUUGGCUACUUAAGUUUAGUUCCACAUCAAUACCCAAUUAUCUCUUAAUCGACACCCAAGAUCUGGCUAGCAGCAAGUAGUAAACAGAGUCGACUAGAAAAUCCAUUGGGCUGUGCAAUAUUUUUGUGUGCCGCGCAGUGCAAUUCAAUUUAAAAAUAAUUCACUAAACUUACAUUGCAUGCUUUCGGAAAUACUGAUCUUGUCCUCAGUG